AUGCCGGAUGAAGCACAGCGUUGGAAGGCAAUGGCAGAUUUCUGGGCCAAGACGAUCAUCUACAUUGCGCCCUCGCACAUUACUGCCAAGGAACACAUGCGACAGCUUGAGAAUGGUGGGGAGUUCCUGACCCAUGUCUGGGCCCUGCUUUCUCACGCUGGCAUCCUGAACCUCGUCAGAGACGACGACGAAGUAGCAAAGCCUGCUCAAGCUCAACCUACCCAAGAAACUGUGUGA